AUUUAUGUUGCAAUUUGAAGUACAAAAUUUGGAAGCCAAUAUAAUACUUCGUCUAACAAGUGGAAAUUUGCAAACAUUUACUUGGAGUUGAGGUAUACUCUUAGCUGGUUUUCGAUAGUUUUUGGAAUGGUUUUACAAGAAUUCGAUAAGUCAUUGUCAUGAUGUGCGAUUACGAGAACGAAACCGCUGCUGUCCGCUGAAAGACAAAAAAUAUAAUCAUUCAAGUACAACAUUUUUCUUACUUCUACUCAAUGGGAAUAUUUUCAAAUGUGAUCAGUCGGUAUUUUUGAAUAAUUUUUAAAAACAUUUAUAUGACUGACAGGGGCGUAGCCAAAAGGGUGUUUCAGGGGUUCAACUCUCUCCCGCAAUUGUAGAACAUCAAAGAUAUAAAAAUCGAGUACAGAAGAAGCAAAGAAUGGCACAGGUGCAGCCGCCGUUUCAGUUAUUACACCGCAGCAGACAGUUGCAGACAUUAUGGAUUCGCAAAUUCUGGAGCCAAUAGUGUCCACCGCAAGUGGUAAGGUGAGAGGUCAACUGCGCGAAGGCAUCUACGGUGACACCUAUUACAGUUUCGAUGGCAUACCUUAUGCGAAGCCACCACUUGGUAAAUUACGCUUCAAAUCACCAAAGCCUGUCGAGCCUUGGCUUGGCGUACGGGACUGUACCAUAUGUCCGGCGAAAUGUAUGCAAAGCAAUCGUUACAAUGGCGCGAUUGAGGGCAUUGAGGAUUGUUUGUAUUUAAAUGUAUUUACGAAAAAGUUACUUUCUGCAAAGCCCUUACCGGUCUUAGCUUAUUUGAUUGGUGGACGUUUUACAACCGGAGAUGCCUCGCGGAAUAGUUGGGGACCGGAUUACUUUAUGAUGAAAGAUGUAAUACUUAUAAGUAUUGGAUUUCGAUUAGGUGCUUUAGGCUUUCUCAGUUUUCCGGAACCCGAACUUCAAGUGCCCGGCAAUGCGGGCCUCAAAGACAUCGUCAUGGCAUUGCAGUGGAUAAAGAAAAAUUGUCAGUACUUCAACGGCGAUUCCGAUAAUAUAACACUGUUCGGACACAGCUCGGGCAGCCAGGCAACACAGCUGCUCAUGUACUUGCCCCAAUGUGAAAAUCUCUUCCACAAAGUCAUACUAAUGUCCGGCAUGCAAAUGCACUUACGCCGCAUUCCCCAACUGGAAUAUCGCUUCGCCAAGCACUUGGGAUAUAAGGGCAAAGAGAAUAACCACGAUAUACUUGCCUAUCUCAGCGCAUUGCCAGCAGAGCGCCUUUGCAAUCUUCAAAUUUGGACGCCAGAAGAACUGAAGCAAGGCCAUUUUUUUGUAUUCUCUCUUACGCUCGAAAGUGAGUCUGCGCCAGACGCUAUACUAACUAAGGACCCACUUGAUAUGUAUGCCAAUAAGCAUUCUUGGUGUCACAGUAUACCGCUCGUGUUAGGUGGCAACUCAUUUGAGUCUCUUAUGCAUUACAAGUAUUUCACCAAGCAACCUGAACUAUAUGAAACUCUCAGAAAGCAUCCUGAGUACUUGCUCUCACACGAAGUCAGAGAGAAAUCUGAUGUGCACAAACAACAACAACUCGCAAGGAAGCUCAUCCACUUGCAUUUAGGUGCGAAGGAACUACAUGUUGAACAAUCGCUUGAUGUUAUGCGUUUAUCGUCAUAUGAUUUUAUGUACCAUCCAAUAUACCGCUAUCUCAAAACACGAAUACCUAAUGCAAAAGCCCCUACCUAUUUCUAUCGCUUCGACUUUGACUCACCUUACUUCAACUUGUAUCGGAUAAAGCAUUGCGGCCGUGAAGUGCGUGGCGUGUCCCAUGUAGAUGAGCUUUCCUAUCUGUUCUUAAUGCCAGACUCAUUCAAGCUGCAGCGUAACUCGAAGGAGUUUAAGAUGAUUGAGUGCAUGAUAGAUUGGAUUACAGCGUUUGCUCUCAAUUCGGAUCCCAAUUGUGAAAAACUAAGCAGUUUAGUUUGGGAACCACUGAAAGCAGAUACCCACUAUUGUCUUAAUAUUAGCGAUGAACUGAGCUUUGUCAAAUGGCCAGAGGAAGAGAUGUGCGUCUUGUGGGAUCAAUAUUUUAAGGAGGCGGGUAUAAGGACUUUUUAGUUGAGGGUUUUAGUUGGAAGUUUUAAUUGCAAAUGUUUGGCAGCGAUUUAUAAAUUUUUUGGUAUUUGUUUUUUAUAAACGAUUAUUUCAGUAAACUUUUUG